UUAAAGGUUUGAGAUUGUUCUCAUCCAUUUUAAUGAAGCUUGGGGCUAGCAAUGCUUACAAUUGAAGUGGUAUUUAUGUUGUGUAUGCUUGUUUUCCAUGGCUUUCAGUUUGAGAGUGAUGAGAGAUGUGCUCAUAUGCCACUGGAUAUUCCCAAUGGGUUUAUAUCAGGGAUUAGGCUGGAUUAUUAGACUAGGGAAUGGUUUACCUAUUCAAUGCUAGUGCUCUUUCUUCAACUUCUCCCCUGUUCGUCAUUAGCUGUUACUUCUGCCUCUCAACCUAUUCUGAUUAUGCAUUGGGUUUUACAAGGACAAGAAUUUUCAGAUUUACACGGAUCCACGCAUUCUUUUUGUAGAUCUCCAACCAUGGAUGAAUCACCUGGCUAUUAUGUUGUCCAAAUACACAAUUUUGGAGAACUUAAAAAUGCAAUGAAGAAAUAUGAAUCAGCAGUUUUUGAAGCUGAAGGCUGCAAAUGGAAAUUGGUUCUCUAUCCAAGCGGAAACAAGACAAAGCAUGUGAAUCGUCAUAUUUCUUUCUACUUAGCACUGGCAGACUCUGUUGAGCAUGAAGAUGAAGAGGUCUAUGCAGUUUUCUGCCUGUACUUGCUUGAUCAGCAAAACCACAACGACUUGAUAGCCCCAGGCCCAGGCAUAUUUUCCCAGUCAUUACUUUGCAAAGAGAUCAAUUUUACGUUUUACUAAUAUAUUUCUUCAAACUCUUAUGUGUCUGGUGAUUUUGGCAUUUUCUUAAAACGUGCUUUUCUUAAAAUAGUUUACUCCAAAGAAACUAAUAAUUUGGCUGUUUUUCCAUGCUUAGAUACUCGGGGAAAGGACAGAUGCUUUCACAAAUCGAAACUUGAAUGGGGUUUUGAUAAAUUCAUUGGUAUUACUGAAUUUUUUGAUGCUAGUAAUGGAUACCUUGUGAAUGACACUUGUGUUAUGGGAGCAGAAGUGGUCUCUGUGCGUAAGGAAACGAUAACUGGCAAACGAGAGUCCUUUACGAUGACAAGGGAACUCCCUGAUGCCAAGAAAUCAUGGAAGAUCGAAAAGUUUUCCAAGUUAAAAAUAGAUCCUCUUAAGAUGAUUUUCAGUGCUGGAGAUCGACAGUGGAUGAUAGAGCUCUAUCCUGAGGGAACAGGACUUGGAGAAGGGUCCUAUCUUUCACUAUAUUUAGCUUUGGCAGAACCCAUUCCUCCUAGCUCUAUAAUAUACACACAUGUCACACUGCGCCUCCUGGAUCAAGCCAAGGACAGGCACAUUGUUGGUAAAGGUAAAAACACUGUGAGCUCUUUGCCCAUUUGCUAGCUACAGUUCCAUGUUUAAGCUUAAUUUAUUAUUGGAGCCUUUAUGAUUUUGUAAUAUGUAAAAGAACAGGAAAUUUCUGCUUCAGUGAGUCAAGCCCAAAACAUGGAUGGUCAAGAUUCACUCCACUCCAUUAUUUAUCUCGAUUCAAGAAGUCCCUUCUGGUUAAUGAUAUUUGCAUUGUGGAAGCAGAGAUCAGAGUGCUUGGAGUUGCUAAUAAACACUAAAGUUGUUUUAUUUUCUAAAAUCACUGUAAAGAAUAUUACAUCACUAUGUACACCGAGUUCAAAAGCAAGAUUACUUUUAGCAUACAUUUAUUUUUCA